AUGAAGAUAGUGAUCAAGAACGGCGUGGUGAUGAAGAAACGUGAAGUUGAAGCUGCAGAAACAGAAAAAGAAAGUAUUAAUGAAGAGCGUCUUUGCAAGAGACUAAGGAUGGUUAUCAAGAAGAGAGGUUUGAGGUUGGUUUCUUCGUCAUUCUACAUACCCAAAGGCGAACUGCGGAAGCCUCUAGGUGAAGAUGCCUAUUUCGCCGCCGACGAGGAGCAGACAUUCGGAGUGGCCGACGGCGUUGCAGCGAUCGGAGUGGGCAAAGAAGGACUGGUUCAAGUUGAUCUUAAGGGAGUUUUGCAAGAGGCUUUCUCCAAGACCAAACUCCCAGCGGCCUCAACGGCUUGUAUUCUGACACACAACGAGGGCGUUUUGCGUGCCAUUAACGUCGGAGAUGGCGGAUUCAUGGUGUUCAGAGACAGAAAAUUGCUGUACACAUCUCCGACGCAGCAACACCAUUUCAACUGUCCGUAUCAGCUUGGGAAUGCGAAGAAAAGCAACCAUCCUAAUUGCGCCGUGGAGAUGGAAGUGAAAGUGAUGGAAGAAGAUCUGAUAGUGAUGGCAACUACUGACGGGUUGUUCGACAACAUGCAUCCGUCGGAAAUCGAGAAGAUCAUCGAGAGAUUCGAGACGGAGAAAAAGGAGAAACUACUGCUGGAAUUGGCAAAAAUUUACUCGAUUAAGGAAAUGAGUUAA